CCCCAGCUUUGGGCCUAAUUAGUUCACUUAGGGCCUUUAUAAGACACUGGUAGGGGGACUGGAGAGGACAGACACUCACUGAGAAGUCGGCAGAUUAGCAGGACGGCAGCAGCAGCAGCAGAUCUGGAUGCCUAGAGUUGACCUGCUGCCACAUCAAAACAAACUGAAGAUAAUCUGCUUUUUCUGAGAAUGCCACACUUAACCGACUGCAGCUACUUCACAAUGCGGGAUGCCACCAGAGCUUCAAAUGUCCAGAGCCACCUCGAGAGCUCCAAGUUCCACCUCCACCAGAGCCAGAACCAGCAGGUCAAGCAGUACCUGACGCUGGGCUCCAAGCUGGCCUCGGCGACCGGGCAGGGCCACACCAUCCCUCACCCACACGGCCCCGGCCCGCUGGCCACCAUGCCCAUCAUUAGGAACGGAAACAUGGCCUCGCUCAGCGACGGCAGCAACCCCACCAGCCCCAUCACCUUGCUCACCAUGGCCAGUCACGACAGCGAGUUUCCGAUGGAUGAAGUAAUCGACGACCUGAUUAGUCUCGAGUCCGGUUUCAACGACGGGGGCUUGGAUUGCAUGGAGUCUAACAUGCUAAUGCAGAACAAUGUGUCCCUCAGUGGCAGCAUGCUGGACCUCUAUGGGGGUGAACCAGGUAUGAACGCCCCUAAUGGUGGAAUGAGCCCCACAUCUAACCCCAGAAAGCUCACUGUUAAGAGGGAAUACACAGAACUUGACUCAAGGGGGAUGGCCAAAGAGCGACAGAAGAAAGACAACCACAAUUUAAUCGAAAGAAGACGAAGAUACAACAUCAACUACAGGAUAAAGGAGUUGGGGACCCUCAUACCCAAAUCAAACGACCCGGACAUGCGCUGGAACAAAGGCACCAUCCUCAAGGCCUCGGUGGAGUACAUCAAGUGGAUGCAGAAGGAGCAGCAGCACGCCAGGGAGCUGGAGACCCGGCAGAAGAAGCUGGAGCAGGCCAACAGGAGGCUGCUGCUGAGGAUCCAGGAGCUUGAGAUCCAGGCACGAGCACACGGUCUCCCAAACAUGACCACUUCCUUGGGGACAGUGGAACUCUCCUCCCACCUCCUCAAACAACAACCACAGCAGCUGUCCCCCCAGGCCCAGCAGCCCCAGCAGCCCACAAUCUACCAGGAGGACCCCAACAGCGACUACCUCCAGAGGAUAGCCGCAGUGGCCGGCGGGGCCUCCAUCCCUGGCGCCAGUGGCCCACAGGACCACAUCACCGGCCCCGACGGGCUCUCAACGUUCUCCGACCCGCUGUCCCACUUCACAGACUUCUUCAGCGGCACGCUCAAGGAGGAGCACCGGCUGGACGAGAUCCUCAUGGACGACCCGCUGUCGCCGUUCGGCACCGACCCGCUCCUGUCGGCCGGCUCGCCCGGAGCUGCGUCCAAGGACAGUAGUCGCAGGAGCAGCUUCAGCUCCGCCGGAGGGGACGACCUAUAAUCCCCCCCCCCCCGCAGAACAUACUCUCAAGUUAUCUCCUUCCGACAACACGGUUGUAAUCUCCAGUGUUAAAGGGCAGACGCAGAGACUGAAAAAGACUGAGUGAUGGCUCUGGGCAAACAAUACUGACUCCUCACAGGGCUGCGAGUCAUUUAACUGAGCACUGACACACCCGGCAGAGCCCCUCAAAGUGCCAGUUGUGUAUUAACUGUACUUCCUGUUGAAUGGGGGGGUGUUAUCGGACCUAAAGCUUGGAUUCCCCAAAGCUCAGCGGCACCAAAAGCAUCUCCAGGACCCUCUGCUGUACACCCUGCUCUUUUUUAAAAGUUACUACAGACUGUAUGUUCCUCUGCCUCCCACAUAGAGCAGAAACAGACCCAGUAAAAAAGGGAGACAUUUAUGUACAUAAUGUAAAUAAUAAAGCCUGUUUUGUACACGGUAACAUGCAACAACAAUCACUUAAAAACCUGUGUCCAUUUGUAAGGAAAAUACUACUUCCCGGAAACGACUGUAAACUGUGGCUGUCGGGAUUAUAUUUGUGUAAUGUGCCUUAUUUGAAAACCCAGUUCUUUCUAUGAAUUACUGAUGUACUCACCACAAUGCCUAACAUGUCCUCAGUCCUGUCUGUGUCUUUUACGUGUUUUGGAUAAGUAAGUGUCCAUAUGCAUCUUUUUUAAACCAUGUAUUCCUUCAAUACGUCAUGUAUGUAUAUACUUUUAUAUCUAACAGGUUACCUUUUUUUAUUCUUACCUGGGGAGGGAAAAAUAUAAUAAACCCCUUUUUUAUAUACAUA